UAAAUAAGAGGGAACUUUUUCUCCAAGGGGGCUGCGAGUUGAAGGCCAUGAAUUUCGAAUUUGAGCGAGAGAUUGGCUUUAUCAAUAGUCAGCCAUCGCUCGCUGAGUGCCUGACAUCUUUUCCCCCUGUCGGUGAUACAUUUCAAAGUUCAUCAAUCAAGAACUCGACGCUUUCACACUCGACACUGAUUCCUCCUCCUUUUGAGCAGACCAUCCCCAGCCUGAAACCGGGCAGCCACCCUCGCCACAGCAGCGGCAGCCGCCCCAAGCACAGCCCCAAUGGCAACAGCGGCAGCCCAGUGCCAGCCGGCGCCCUCCAGCCUCCGGAGUACCCCUGGAUGAAGGAGAAAAAGGCGUCCAAGAAAACCGCCCUGCCGCCUGCUUCGGCCUCCGCCCCUGGACCAGCUUGCCUGAGCCACAAAGAAUCUCUGGAGAUCUCCGAAAAUGGUAAUGGGGGCUCCAGGAGACUCAGGACUGCUUAUACCAACACGCAGCUUUUGGAGCUGGAGAAGGAAUUUCAUUUCAACAAGUACCUCUGCAGACCGCGAAGGGUGGAGAUAGCCGCUCUCCUGGACCUGACGGAGCGGCAAGUCAAGGUCUGGUUUCAAAACAGGCGGAUGAAGCACAAGAGGCAGACCCAGUGCAAGGAGAAUCAGAACAGCGAGGGGAAAUGUAAAGGCUUGGAGGACCCCGAGAAAGCCGAAGAGGAGGAAGAGGAGGAGGAAGAGGAGGAGGAGGAGGAAAAAUCUCUCUUUGAGCAAGCCCUCAACGACGUCUCAGGCGCCCUUUUGGAAAGGGAAAGCUACGCUUUUCAGCAGAAUGCCCUGGCUCAGCCGCAGGCGCCCCCAAGCCUCCACAAUGGAGAGUCCCAAACUUUUUCAGUUUCGCCUUUAACCAGCAAUGAGAAAAAUCUGAAACAUUUUCAGCACCAGUCACCCACUGUUCCCAAUUGCCUCUCAACAAUGGGCCAGAACUGUGCAGCUGCUCUGAACAAUGGCAGUCCGGAGGCCCUGGAAGUCCCUUCUUUGCAGGACUUCAGCGUUUUCUCCGCAGAUUCCUGCCUGCAGCUUUCUGACACCGCGGUCUCCCCCAGUUUGCCAGGAUCCCUCGACAGUCCUGUAGAUAUUUCAGCCAACAGCUUUGACUUUUUCACAGAUACGCUCACCACAAUUGACUUGCAGCACCUGAAUUACUGAGAAAGGACAGACCUUCAUGCGCCAAGGGUUAUACCUUCUUUUUCUUUUUCCUAUCUCUCCUUAAUUUUUGUUUUCCCUUCCCCCUCUGAUUUGGUUUCUUUCCCUUCCUCAGUAUUUUCGGUUGUCCCGUCUGAUGUGUUGGAGAACUACUCUGCCGUUUCCCUGUGGCAUUUUAGUUGUGUUCAGUUUAACCUAGCCACGUUCUAGGUCCUUCUAUGAAAGCAAUAUAUAUGGCCUGUAAGAAAGUGAUCAUAUCGAAUUUGUAUCUUCACUUUCUUUUUAUUUUUGUAUUACAUUAGGGUGCGUUGUCAUAAGUAUUUUUGGUAGAAUAAAUUCUUGUUUACUACAAGCA